AUUGGGGCGAAAGUUCUGGGCAUACUGGCUAUGACUGACGAAGGGGAGACCAACUGGAAAGUCACUGCCAUUAACGUGGAGGAUCCUGAUGCCGCCAAUUAUAAUGAUAUCAAUGAUGUCAAACGCCUGAAACCUGGCUACCUAGAAGCUACUGUGGACUGGUUUAGAAGGUACAAGCUUCCUGAUGGAAAAGCAGAAAAUGAGUUUGCUUUCAAUGCAGAAUUUAAAGAUAAGGACUUUGCUGUUGAUACUAUUAAAAGCACUCAUGACUACUGGGAAGCAUUGGUGACUAAGAAAACAGAUGGAAAAGGAAUCAGUUGCAUGAAUACAACAGGGGCUGAGAGCCCCUUCAAAUGUGAUUCUGAUGCUGCCAAACCCAUUGUGGAUGCCUUACCACCACCAUGCGAGUCUGCCUGCACAGUACCAAUUGAUGUGGAUAAGUGGCUCCAUAACCAGAAAAACUAA